UAUUUCCAUUUGAUAUUCAGUAGAAAAGAUAAAUAUUCUGGAAAAAAAAAGCACCGCCCUCUUACCAUUAUAUCACCAUAUACCUUGGGCUCCCUCAUUCUCCUCCCCGAAUCUACUCCUCUCUCUCUCUCUCUAGGAUGGCAAAGAAUCAAGCAAGCCUUCUUCUACAGAAACAGCUCAAAGAUCUGUGCAAGAAGCCGGUUGAUGGUUUCUCUGCUGGCCUCGUUGAUGAGAAUAACGUUUUCCAAUGGAGCGUUUCCAUUAUGGGUCCUCCUGAUACCUUGUAUGAAGGGGGCUUCUUUAAUGCAAUUAUGACGUUUCCACAGGAUUAUCCGAAUAAACCACCAACUGUCAAGUUCACCUCGGAGGUGUGGCAUCCUAAUGUUUAUUCUGAUGGAAAAGUUUGCAUAUCGAUUCUUCAUCCUCCUGGUGAUGAUCCUAAUGGAUACGAGCUUGCCUCUGAACGUUGGAACCCUGUUCACACGGUAGAAAGCAUUGUGUUGAGUAUUAUAUCUAUGCUCUCGGGCCCCAACGACGAGUCACCGGCCAAUGUGGAAGCAGCAAAAGAAUGGAGAGACAACAGAGCAGAGUUUAGGAAGAAAGUGAGUCGCUGUGUGAGAAGAUCGCAAGAGAUGCUAUGAUUCCAUCUCUCCUGCGCUUUUUAUGUAUUGUAGAAAUUUCUAUCCUAAGCUAAGAGAGAGAGAGAGAAGGUAAGUAGAAGAAGUAGCAGAUGAAUCUGUGUGCUCAUCAAAAGCUUGUUUUCUUUUCUUUUUUGGUUUUGGUGUUGUCUUUCAAUAUUGUGGUGGAAUCAAAUCUAAUCCAUCUUUUAGGAUUAUAUUUUUACAGUCGUUAAUGGAUUCGUUUUCAUAUUC